AUGUUUAAUCAGCAGUUUGCAAGUAGCAGGUGUUUGGAGAAGCAAACAAGCGACCUAUAUCGUAUGGUUCAACACCCAGACAAACCUCUGAAGGAUUACAUAGCCCGGUUCAUCAGGGAGAAGGUGAUUGUACCUGAGUGUGACGUCCUAACGGCAAUCGAAGCGUUCAGGCAAGGGCUGUAUGGCGAGACCGACCUAUGGAGAGAUCUGAUCAAAUAUCCUUGCAAGACGUUCGAAGACGCCCAAGCCAAGGCAAUGGCUCAAGUCAGGUUGGAAGAGACUCUCUACUCUAGGAAGGGAACUAACAACUACACCAAGAUGGACAGAUUACUACCCUAUCCCAAGAGAAGCAAUGAUCGUCCUACCCCUUAUUCCCGACCUCAACAUGUAGCAAUGAUGGGGAAAGCAGUGCAGUGGCCACCGAAAUCCAGUAAACCCGAAUCAAAGAAGGAUCCCUCAAAAUGGUGUGACUUUCACGCUGACAUCGGUCACACUACCAACAAAUGCGUGGCCUUAAGAAUAGAGGUGGCUUACUUACUGAAGAACGGAUACCUCAAGGACGUCAUGUCAGACAAAGCUCGUGGCGUCGUCAACAAAGACAACUCCAACUCCCCUUCUUGA